AUGACUCUCGACAAGCAGAUUGACUCCGAGACAAACAAAGUACCAUGGUACGCCUACAUUUGGGACUACGAACCGGAUCGCACACAUGAAGAGCGCGUCUUCGUCUCCAAACUCGAUGCAUACCUGAUCACCAUACUCUCGCUCGGCUACUUCAUCAAAAAUCUUGACCAGACCAACAUCGCCAAUGCUUUCGUUAGUGGCAUGAAGGAGGACCUGGCCAUGAAUGGAAAUCAAAUCAACUUGAUCGACACCGCCUGGACCGUUGGCUAUGUUGUUGGGCAAAUCCCGAGCCAGAUCAUUUUGACGAAAGUUCGACCAUCAGUCUGGGUCCCUAGCUGCGAGCUGGUCUGGACUAUGUUGACUUUCACACUUGCAGCUGCAAAGACAAGCAACCACGUCAUCGUCAUUCGCUUCUUCAUUGGUCUUGCGGAAUCCAUUUUCUAUCCGGCUGCCCACACCGUACUCGGAGCUUGGUACAAACCCAGUGAGCUUGGUAAAAGAGCUUGCGUGUUCCACGCAUCAUCCGCUGUGGCGUCGAUGUUCUCCGGCUACCUCCAAGCUGCCGUUUACAAGGGUCUGAAUGGUGUACAUGGAUUUGCAGGAUGGCAAUGGUUGUUUAUAAUGGAUGGUAUCAUCAGUGCUCCAAUCUGUCUUGCUGGAUUCUUCCUGCUACCCGAUCUCCCUGAGAAUACUCGAGCGUUCUACCUGAGCGACAGCGAUCGUGCUCUGGCGAAGAAAAGAAUGGAAGAUAUUGGUCGUGCGCCGCGCAAGAAGCUCACACUGGCAACAUUCCGAAGAAUCUUCAGUCGUUGGCACGUCUACCUCUUAACGAUCUUGUAUAUCAUUUUUAUCAACAUCAGCCCUUCCGGUAGUGUCAACCCGUUCUCACUCUGGCUCAAGUCCGAAGGUCUUUCAGUUUCCAAAAUUAAUAUCAUCCCUACCGCCAGCUCUGCUAUUCAGUUGGUCUUGACUGUCUCUUUAGCAAUCAUCUCCGACGCAAUUCGACACCGCGCACGUAUCAUGUCGAUCAGUACACUCCUGGGAGGAUUCGCUGCUCUGUGCCUAGCUAUCUGGAACAUCCCAUCUGGCCUGAAAUGGUUCUCCUUCUUCAUGCAGCGCGCCAUGGUUCCGUAUGGCCCGCUGAGCAUGUCCUGGGCGAACGAAAUCUGCGGUUCGGACGCUGAAGAGAGGACAGUUGUCAUCGGCAUCAUGAAUUCCAUGGGAUAUGCUUUCAACGCGUUCGUGCCCAUAUUGACUUACCCUCAAACCGACGCACCGAGGUUCAGGAAAGGAUUCAUCUUCUCCACAUGCGCGUUCGCUGCGCAAGGUUUAAUCACCGCUGCUGUUGCAUACAUGUACAAGAGGGACUUGAAAAAGGUGGACAAGGCAGCCGCUGGCGACGAGGAAGGAGUCAACGACGCAGUAUUGGUCGGCGCGACAAGAACAACAGAUAUCUGAGACUUCCGCACUCGUGUAGGAUGCACCAACGAGUCCGCACCAACAGGAGCUCACCGCCAGUAGCAGCCGACAGCGGAUAUGUGGCAGUGCAGGACACUCGGGCCAUUAGCCAAGUCCUCUGACGCAGGCCGCACGAAUGAUGAGGUCCGAGCGCGCUUUGAAAUUCGGCGGAGAGUGCUCGGCCGAGCGACGUCAGCCACUCAUCCGAACUUUCCGCCCGGAGUUCCGCCUCCCACCACUCGCUGCGCCACGCUAAGCGAUGGUCAUGCGCCACUUGAGCUGAAAAGCUUAUUAGAAUAAGCUCGUGCCGGCUUUCCGUUCGUCCCCAUGUAGAGGUUGCGUACUCAGAUACCCGUUCAUCCGUUUGCAGUAUAUAGAUACCAAGCCACCCAACUUCUGU